AUGGCGGCUCCGGCUCUGGUUCUGGCGCUCUGGGGCUGGACCUUGAGUCCUGCGGGGGCCCUGGACGCCAUAGGCCCUCACGCGGCCGUCCGUCUGGCCGAGCUGCUGACCCCCGAGGAGUGUGGCCACUUCCGGUCGCUGCUGCAGGCGCCAGAGCCGGACUUUGAGGCGGAGCUGGCCCGACUUUCUGAGGAUCGGCUGGCGCGGCCCCCGCUGGUGAGGCCCAGGCCUGGGUCGCCGGGCCAGCUGUGGCGGCGGCGGCGGGAGGCCCAGGAGGACCCAGACGCGGUGUCGGACGGCUGCCGGGAGGCGCUGGCGGCCUGGCUGGCUGUCCAGGCCCCAUCCCUGUCCUGGGACCGCGUGGCCCGCGCCCUGCGCCGCUGCGGCCGCCCGGAUGUGGCCCGGGAGCUGGGCAAGAACCUCCACCAGCAGGCGACGCUGCAAUUGCGCCAGUUCGGGCAGCGCUACGUGGGGCCGCCGGGCCCCGCCGCGCCCCUGGCCGCCGGCCCCGCGCCCGGCCCGGCGCCCGGCCCGGCCCGGCGCGCCCGGCGCUCCUCGGAGCCCCACUGGGACGAGCUGGAGCUGAUCCUGGAGCGCCUGCCGCAGCCGCCGUACGAGCGCAGCCCCGCGGGCUGGGUCGGGCCGCUGGCGCUCGGCCUCCUCACCGGCUUCGCGGGCGCGCUGGGCACCGCGGCGCUGCUGCUCCUACUCACGCUGUGGGUGGCGGGCAGCGGCCCCGCUCCGCCCGACGCUUUCCGGCUCCCGCUCGCCGAGGGGCGCGGCUCAUGGGAAGCGGAGCCGCUGCUGAGGGUGCCCCGACGUAGGGCCGGGACCCGCUCGGCUUGGGCUGCAGCGCGGCCAGAGGCGCCCACUCCACUGUGA